AAAAAGCGAAGCAAAAAAAAAAAAAAGAAAAAAAAGAAAAAAAAAAGGAGGAGGAGGAGGGUGAGAGAGAAGCUCGGAGAGCAGAGAAAAGGGGGCAUCGGCGCCCCCCCCGCUUCCCUGCACGCGCUUGCUGCCCGCCUGCCGCGGUUACCCCUGGGCUUCGUCCCUCUUUCCCCCCCCACCAGCGUGAGGUGAUCCGAGCGAGGAGCGAGGCCCCGGUGGGGGCGGCCAUGCGGCGGUGACAGGAGCGCGGCCGAGACGCACGGGGCCCCCUCGCCCUCUCACCUCCGCCCCGCUCGCCAGCUCGCCUCAGCCGAGGCUCCGGCCUACACCCGCUUGCCGUCUGCAUCCCCCCCCCAGGCCCUCCCGGGCUGCACUUCGGGAAUCAUGGCCCAAGUAGCGAUGUCUACACUACCCGCUGAAGAUGAGGAGUCGUCAGAGAGCAGGAUGGUGGUGACAUUCCUUAUGUCUGCCCUGGAGUCCAUGUGCAAAGAACUAGCCAAGUCCAAGGCCGAGGUGGCCUGUAUUGCCGUGUAUGAGACGGACGUGUUUGUGGUGGGGACAGAGAGGGGGAGAGCCUUUGUCAACACCAGAAAAGACUUCCAAAAAGAUUUCGUCAAGUACUGUGUUGAAGAAGAAGAAAAGGCUGCAGAGAUGCAUAAGAUGAAAUCUACAACCCAGGCGAAUCGGAUGAGUGUGGAUGCUGUAGAAAUUGAAACACUUAGAAAAACAGUAGAGGACUAUUUCUGUUUUUGCUAUGGUAAAGCUUUAGGCAAAUCUACAGUGGUUCCUGUUCCCUACGAGAAGAUGCUACGUGAUCAGUCAGCUGUUGUGGUACAGGGCCUUCCUGAGGGUGUGGCCUUCAAGCACCCUGAACAUUAUGACCUUGUGACUUUGAAGUGGAUUUUAGAGAACAAAGCAGGGAUUUCGUUCAUCAUCAAGAGGCCUUUCCUGGAGCCCAAGAAACACCUUGGUGGCCGUGUAAUGGCUACAGAUACUGAGCGGUCCCUCCUGUCUCCUGGUGGAAGUUGUGGCCCCAUCAAAGUGAAGACUGAACCCACGGAAGAUUCUGGCAUUUCCCUGGAAAUGGCCGCUGUGACGGUAAAAGAAGAAUCAGAAGAUCCUGAUUACUAUCAGUAUAACAUUCAAGGCCCUUCUGAAACUGAGGAUGCUGAUGAAAAGCUUCCCCUUGCCAAGGCUUUGCAAGGAAGUCAUCAUUCUUCAGAAGGCAACGAAGGAACAGAAGUGGAAGUACCCGCAGAAGAUUCUACUCAACAUGUCCCUUCAGAAACAAGUGAGGACCCUGAAGUUGAGGUGACUAUUGAAGAUGAUGAUUACUCCCCACCCACCAAGAGGCCAAAGAGCAGUGAGCCACCCCCACCACCGCCAGUUCCUGAGCCCACCAACGCUGGCAAGCGCAAAGUGAGGGAGUUUAACUUUGAGAAAUGGAAUGCUCGCAUUACUGACCUACGGAAGCAAGUGGAAGAGCUGUUUGAAAGAAAAUACGCUCAAGCUAUAAAAGCCAAAGGUCCGGUGACGAUUCCAUACCCUCUUUUCCAGUCCCAUGUGGAAGACCUUUAUGUAGAAGGGCUUCCAGAAGGGAUUCCUUUUCGAAGGCCAUCGACAUAUGGCAUUCCUCGCCUUGAGAGGAUAUUGCUGGCAAAGGAAAGGAUCCGCUUUGUGAUUAAAAAACAUGAACUUCUGAACUCAACGCGGGAAGAUUUACAACUGGAUAAGCCAGCAUCAGGAGUAAAGGAAGAGUGGUAUGCCAGAAUUACCAAGCUAAGGAAGAUGGUAGAUCAGCUUUUCUGCAAGAAAUUUGCUGAAGCCCUGGGCAGCACUGAAGCCAAGGCUGUACCAUACCAAAAGUUUGAGGCCCAUCCUAAUGAUCUCUAUGUGGAAGGACUUCCAGAAAACAUUCCUUUCCGAAGCCCCUCAUGGUACGGAAUUCCACGGUUGGAAAAAAUCAUCCAAGUGGGCAAUCGAAUUAAAUUUGUCAUCAAAAGACCAGAACUUCUGACUCACAAUACAACUGAAGUGACUCAGCCUCGAACAAAUACACCAGUCAAAGAAGAUUGGAAUGUCAGGAUCACUAAACUACGCAAGCAAGUAGAAGAGAUUUUUAAUUUAAAGUUUGCCCAAGCUCUCGGCCUCACAGAGGCAGUGAAGGUGCCAUACCCUGUGUUUGAGUCAAAUCCUGAGUUCCUUUACGUGGAAGGCCUGCCUGAAGGAAUUCCUUUCCGAAGCCCCACCUGGUUUGGGAUUCCUCGCCUUGAGAGGAUUGUCCGUGGAAGCAAUAAAAUCAAGUUUGUUGUUAAAAAACCUGAGCUAGUGGUCUCCUACUUGCCUCCUGGAAUGGCUAGUAAAAUAAACACUAAAGCAUUGCAGUCCCCAAAAAGACCUCGAAGCCCUGGGAGCAACUCCAAGGUUCCUGAGAUUGAGGUCACUGUGGAAGGCCCUAACAACAAUAAUCCUCAAACCUCUACUGUUCGAACUCCUACCCAGACCAAUGGUUCAAACGUUCCCUUCAAGCCUCGAGGGAGAGAGUUUUCCUUUGAGGCCUGGAAUGCCAAGAUCACAGAUCUGAAGCAGAAAGUGGAAAACCUUUUCAAUGAGAAAUGCGGGGAGGCUCUUGGCCUUAAACAGGCUGUGAAAGUGCCGUUUGCAUUAUUCGAGUCCUUCCCAGAAGACUUCUAUGUUGAAGGUUUACCUGAAGGGGUGCCUUUCCGGAGGCCGUCCACAUUUGGCAUUCCACGGCUGGAGAAGAUACUCCGGAACAAGGCCAAGAUUAAGUUCAUCAUUAAGAAGCCUGAGAUGUUUGAGACGGCCAUCAAGGAGAGCACCCCCUCCAAGAGCCCUCCACGGAAAAUAAAUUCAUCCCCCAACGUUAACACCACUGCAUCUGGUGUGGAAGACCUCAACAUCAUUCAGGUGACGAUUCCAGAUGACGAUAAUGAAAGACUGUCCAAAGUUGAAAAGGCCAGGCAGCUGCGGGAGCAGGUCAACGACCUUUUCAGUCGCAAGUUCGGUGAAGCUAUUGGCAUGGGCUUCCCAGUGAAGGUCCCCUACAGAAAGAUCACCAUCAACCCUGGCUGUGUGGUGGUUGAUGGCAUGCCCCCUGGAGUGUCCUUCAAAGCCCCUAGCUACCUGGAGAUCAGCUCCAUGCGGAGGAUCUUAGACUCUGCAGAGUUUAUCAAGUUCACUGUCAUUAGACCAUUUCCAGGACUUGUGAUUAACAACCAGCUGGUUGAUCAGAGCGAGUCAGAGGGUCCUGUGAUGCAAGAAUCAGCAGAGCCAAGCCAGUUGGAAGUUCCAGCAGCAGAAGAAAUUAAAGAGACGGAUGGGAGCUCGCAGAUCAAGCAGGAGCCAGACCCCACGUGGUAGACCUUGUCCCUCCAGGCCUCCAGUGUCAGUGGAGAAGAGCGUUCGGAACGUGACUGCCCCCACUGUGUAAUAUACUUGUAUAACAGAAAUACCUUCUAUACAAACCUUUUUUUCUACUUUUAGAUAGAAAUGUCUACUUUUUCAGCAGUUCUGUGAAUUGAACUAAAAAGAGUGACUGUAGGUGGCGUGGCUGCUGGCUUGGGAUUAUAUUAUAAGGAUUUCACAGCAGCGCUGGAGAGACAUGGGGCAUGGCAGGGACAAGUUUUCUGUCGUGGGCGGAGCCAUGGCUGCAGAGUCUUCCAGCCAGGGAGGAUCCCUAUGGGACAGCUCGGCUUCACCGCGAAGAGCCCUGUGUAGUCAGUGCUUUAGUUUUUCUAUCGAAUCAUUUCCGUGACCUGCUCAGCCUUCCUCUGCCUGAGGAGGGCUGCUGUCUGUCUAUGUGACUAAGCCUUUUCCUAAGCUCUCAAUCAUGGUUCCUCUGUGCCCACUGUAACAAGUGCACAGUGUCUCUGAGGCGCCUAGAGGACCUUGGCAGAGCCUCUUCCACCGUUACUUUGCCACAAGUAAAUGCCGGGCAUCCUGAAGGUCAGAGGUCAGGUAUUCGAGCUUGGGCAGCUGGAUGACACUAAAGCCCCUACCUGGAACCCACGACAGCAUGGGGUGCUCUGGAUGCUGCUUGGGUUGGGCCAGGUGGUGUCUCCUUGAAUGGUUUCCAAUGGUUUCCCAAUGGGGUGCCAUUGUGGUGCCAUUGUGGUGAUUGAGGUUGAGAAGCUUUGCACCGCCUGGGCUCACGCUCCAUGCACUGGUCCUCCAUGGGCUUCACUCAGGGCCCACAGACAAUGGAAGCUGUCAGACAGCAGCUGCAAGUGCUGGAGGGGUGCCUCAUAGGCUCAGUAGCUGCAUCACACGUUCACAUGGCAAACUUACCACAUGGUAGCAGAAAUAGGCAUUUUUAUGUGUUCCUUAUAUUUUACCUCAAAUUAAAUUGUAGAUAUAGGGUAAUAAAUAAAAUCCAUCCAUGCCUUUCA